CGUUUAGUACACAGAACGCAACCCGAAGUUAACCUAGCCAUGAAUUGAUAAAAUAUCUGUAAAAACAUUGAAAUAAGUUAUUGGUGACAGCAUUUGUGUGUGUUGUUUACAAUGUAUAUAUUUGUGGUUAUAUUUCUCUUGACGGUUUCCUUGACGACGGGUCAGCCGGGGAAAUGCGAUCAAACCCCACCCCAGGCGACCGUGGACACCCCAAGCGAAAAUAAGGGGACAUUUCAAUUAACUGUGGAUACUAAGGAAGGCGGACUGAUAUAUAGACCGGACCAGACUUAUGUUUUGAUCCUUACGACGAACAACCAGACAAGACCCUUCCGAUGGUUCAUGAUAACAGUGGAGGACCCAGGCGUGGACACGGAACCUGACUUCGACCACAGGACAGUGGAUGUAGGGAGUCUGAAGACCCUGGACACCCACAGACAGUCCAGAUACAGCGAGCGGUGUUACAACUCUGUAGAGAAUACUGACAACUCCGACAAGUAUAGAGUGGAAGUGCACUGGGUAUCACCGAAACAGCCGCAGAACGACCGAAAGAAGUCGGUCCGUCUCCGCGCGAUGGUGGCUGAGAACUCCGAGGUGUGGUAUAUUGGGGACAACCUGACUGUGGUCCUCGAGAAGGACAUCAAUAAGCCGCUCGACAGCCCCCCCUACCCUGUCAUCAGCGUUUGCAACUUGUGCAGCGAGGCGAGAUAUGAGGUGAUAUUCAAAGGCAAGUGGUCUCGUAUGUCCCACCCGCGGAAAUACCCGAGGAAGCCCGACGACAACGGCUACAGCCACCUGGUGGGCGCCUCCCACUCCUACCACUAUAUCCUGUGGCAGCCCGGAGACAAGGCGAGCCCGGGGCUGAAGAAGCUGGCUGAGGAGGCAGAUAUCAGCGAUAUUGAGAGGGAGAUCAUUGAUGCGAUGUCCCUCACAAACGGCACUCGCACACUAAUAAGAGGGAGAAGGCGACACCAUCCGGACAUGUUCGAGCCCUCUCACUCCCUCUUCAGAGUGGACAGGAUCCACCAUCUGUUCUCCGUGCUGGUCGCCAUGAAGCCCUCCCCCGACUGGUUCCUCGGAGCCACCAAGUUCGAGCUCUGCACGGACCUGGGUUGGCUGGAAGAGUCGGAGAUACCGCUGUAUCCUUGGGACGCUGGCACAAUGGAUGGAAUAUCUUACGAGUCGCCGACAUCAGUGACGCAGCCUGUGGACUCUAUAGACCGGGUAGCCGUGGGUUCCUUCAACCAGGAGUCACCGUUUUAUCAGAUGAACCUCAAUGACCUGAAACCCUUCGCGCUGCUCCAAGUGAGACGACUAGCCGUCUACCCUCUCCCAGAGGAAGAUUGCAUAGAAGAAGAGGGGAUGGCGACUGGAGAUGACGGGAAAGCGGAACCGCAGACGCUGUCGCUGCGUGAGCAUUGUGAGGUGAGGGGAGAGUGGGGGCCGUGCGUGCCGCACAAUGGCCGCUGCGGUGACGGUAACCAGAUGCGUGGUUCCAGUGAGGAAGAGGCUUUACGAAUGACCUGUCAAAAUGGGAAAAAUGGCCGACGGGUCGAAACAAGAAGCUGCUUUAUGGAGUGUAAUGAAAAUAAUAUGGACUAAAUCCACA